AUUAGCCCCACCAUCUACCACAAGCGGAAUGAUGAGCAACUCCGGGUUCACUCCUGCUUUCUUUCUCCCCUCCCUUCGGCCUUGUUAUGUCCAAAAGCUGCCCCGGGCCAUUUGGUGUGAUGGUUAGUUGUGACAUAAGAGACACAACAAAAAGUCUACAUCGGAGCGUUGUUGGUAUAUUGAACCUUGCCGUUUUUCUGUCCUUCUAUUAACGCAUCUGUGUCAAGGAAAGGUCGCAUAGUUUGCUUUGAUCACAUUUUACGUUUUUUGUUGACACCACCAUUGCCAGAUGUCUCACCCAAACAUCCCGUUCCGCCAGCUCGGAAAGAAUGGACCCAUGGUGCCAGCUGUAGGACUGGGGCUUAUGGGUUUGUCCAUUCACUAUGGCCCGGCACCCAGCGAUGAAGAACGUUUUGCCGUCCUCGACCGAGCGCUAGAAAUUGGGGCGAGAAACUGGGACAGUUCAGAUAUGUACGGCGAUAACGAAGAGCUCCUCGGGAAAUGGUUCAAACGCACCGGCAAAAGAGACCAAAUUUUCCUUGCGACCAAGUUUGGAUUCAUCAAAGGUUCCCAUGCCGACAUCGACAGUUCGGCUGGCUACUGCAAGAAAGCUUGCGCGGAGAGUCUCAAGGCGCUUGGCGUCGACUGCAUUGACCUAUACUACAUGCACCGUGCCAACGCCAAAACUCCGAUCGAAGACACCAUGCGCGGCAUGCUUGAACUCAAGGCCGAGGGCAAGAUCAAGCAUAUUGGCUUGUCCGAGAUCAGCUCACAGACGCUGCGCCGUGCGUGCAAAGUCGGUCAAGUGGAUGCGGUCCAGGUCGAGUAUUCCCCUUUCGAGCUGGGUAUCGAGGGCGAGUCUGGGACUAAUUUGAUGUCGACCUGUCGAGAACUCGGCGUCGCUAUCGUGGCAUAUUCUCCGCUCGGCCGAGGCCUUUUGGCGGGAAACCUGGAAGGACAGAACUCCAUCUCGGCCGAGGGCGAUUGGCGAUCACUGUAUCCCUGGUUCACUGGCGAGAACUUCGCUGCCAACCUCGAUAUAGUCCGACAGCUCAAGGUUCUGGCUGGGAAGAAGGGCUGCAGUCCUGCCCAGCUGGUCAUUGCUUGGGUCCUGAGACAAGGUCAGGAUGUAAUCCCCAUUCCCGGGACAAAGAAGAUCAAGUAUCUUGAGGAGAACCUUGGUGCUCUACAGGUAGAAUUGACAGAUGAGGAAGAAGGACGGAUUAGAGAUAUUGUAUCUGGUGUCGCGGGCGAGCGAGCGCCAGCCUUUGUUAAAAGCCAGUUGUACGUCGACACGGUGGAGGAGUGAUCUGUUCAUUCCCAGCUUCUUUGGUACCUUGGUUCAUCAAUUAGGAUUGAGUAUGUCGUCACAGGAGGGAGGACGGAAGCCUUAUAGAUAAGAUUCAAAACACAAUAGCGCCAAUCAGUAUCUCCGCAG